CAGUGUGGGAAAAUUAGGAGGCAUCGAUUGUACACUUAGUAUUCGGAUGAACACAAUAUUAAUAGGCUAAAUUUUUAACAAAUUAAAACCGAAAUUUAUGUUAAAAAUUCCAUAUAAUAUAAGUACGGACAUUUCAGCAAGUGUGUUAAACUUUGAGUUAUUCUUUUUGGACAAAAACUGUUAUGGUUUCAGCUAUUAGAAGUACAGUUUAUCAUCGCCAUGGGAGCAUCGACUGUUAAGCCCUUUUCUGAAGCGGAAUGCAAGGCUAUCAAGAAGUUCAUGAAGAGUUACAAGAAGCACCAUGCCGACCUAGACGAAGACGAGGUGAAAAGGUCAGGAGAAAAUGCCUGGGGAAAGCUUUUGCCCCAUCAAAAGAAGUAUUUUGAACAGGAGAGACCUAAAGAAAACACCGUAAAAAGAAUAUUGCCGGCAGCAAAAAAAAAACGUAUUAACCAGAAGAAGAAAGCAGUCCCCAAAUGUCGUUAUCAUUCGAGAAAAAGACCCUUGGCCAAGCCAACGCACACUAUCACGAAUCCUGCAAUGAGCCACGCCUUCAUAAGAUUUUUGCGAGAGUUCCAAAGGAGGAACGCCACCGGAGACGUAAAGAAAAGGCUGCAAAGAGCAGCCAAGAUGUGGUCAAAACUAUCUAAAGCUCAGAAAAACAAAUUUCGCACGGCGGGAGCGAGCAUAAGAAGGAAUGAGCACAUUGUUUUUAGAUAAUAAAAUAAGAGUCUUCUGAAGAAUUAACAAGAAUAUGACCUGGACUUCUAAACACUUUUUACAACCCGACUAAAUAAAUUGUAUUGUAUCAAGCCAA